CCCGUGCUCCCCCCCAGGAUGCAGCACCGAGGCUUCCUCCUCCUGGCCCUCCUCACCCUGCUGGCGCUCCCCUCCGCGGUGACCAAGAAGAAAGACAAAGUGAAGAAGGGCGGCCCGGGGAGCGAGUGCGCGGAGUGGACCUGGGGGCCCUGCACCCCCAGCAGCAAGGACUGCGGGGCGGGUUUCCGCGAAGGUGCCUGCGGGGCCCAGACGCAGCGCAUCCGGUGCCGGGUGCCAUGCAACUGGAAGAAGGAGUUUGGAGCCGACUGCAAGUACAAGUUUGAGAGCUGGGGAUCGUGUGAUGGGGGCUCGGGCACCAAAGCCCGCCAAGGCACCCUGAAGAAGGCGCGGUACAAUGCCCAGUGCCAGGAGACCAUCCGCGUCACCAAGCCCUGUACCCCCAAGACCAAAGCCAAGGCCAAAGCCAAGAAAGGGAAGGGAAAGGACUAGUGACCAGGCCUGAAUGCCAAAGAGCCCGGGCCCACGCCCCCCUCCCACAGGCCCAAGAUAUAACCCGCCAGUGCCUUUUCUUAUGUCAGCUUUAUCAAUCACGCCCUGCCUCUUCCCUUCUCCUCCCCCACCCCACCCCCAAGUGCCCAAAGUGGGGAGGGACAAGGGAUUCUGGGCAGCCUGAGCCUCCCCCAGAGGGACUUCCUUCCUGUGCCCCUUUUCUUCUUACCCACAAUGAUGCCAUUACUAAGAAACAAAUAAACUCAUUUUCUCCCAAUAAAA